AUGAAGAGACAACGAGGCAACAUGAAAACAAAUGAAGAUGAAGCCAUUGGUAACGGUGAUAUGGAACUCAUGGAGGUUGAAGAUGUGGAGGCCCGUGAUUGUAGACCGAAGAAUAAGAAGAAAAGAGGCAUAGUAUCAAAUGAAGUUGAUGAUGGCAAAGGCGAUGAUAGCUUUGCUAAGAAAAAAUUAGAAUCAUUGCCAAAAGAUCAUGUGUCACUUGAUUGUACUAAUGAAGCUACACAACCGGAGAAACUAACUCAUAGAAAGUUGAAGAAAUGGAGACAAGACAUCAUGAGAAAUGAAGAUGAAGAACUCCAUGUUGAUGGUGGUGAUCAUAGUCCUUUGGAUGCUAAUGACGAUAGUUCGAGAUUGACAUCAGAAGCUCCUAUUCUGAUAGAUUGUCUGGCCAAAGUGCCUGCACCAUUUGUUUUGGAACAUGUCAAGAAGCAAUGCAACUAUUGCUCAAAGCCUAUUGAUGAACCUAUUGGGAGGCAUGAUGAAGAUCUGGAUAAACUAGUGAAGGAAGUCAUAGAGGAUGAUCUGGUCCUGCAGACUUUUAUUGGUGGAGCUGAGAUGCUGAUAUUUCCUUCUACUCUACUGCCUGAAAGAUACAAGACUUUUCAAAGGAAACACUACCUGUGGGGUGUAUUCAGGCCAAGACAAGAUCAAUGUGCUACAGUUGCAGAGCCAGUACAUGAUACAGUGUGGUGCGCACAGGAGAAAGAGAAGGAGGAACAGCAUGCCUCAAACCAGCAAGAUGAGGUGCAAGAAGUCCACUGGAAGUCGCCUGCUAAGAGCAUGCAGCAAGCUGCAGCAACUAGAGCUCCUGAAAAAAGACAACUGGGAGAUGCAUUGCGUCACACUCUGCACCGUGCUGAAGCUACUGCAAUUGCUACCAAUCCUGCUGCCGUAACAAUUGAAGCUACUGCAGUUGCUACCGAUCCUGCUGCCGUAACAACUGAAGCUGCCACCAUACCUACUGAAGCUAAUGAAAAUGAUACCAAUGCUGCUACCAUACCCGGAAAUCAUGUGCAGAGCGACUCAAUUGUCGGGGUUCCCUCGGGCAGGUUUUUCUGUUUCAUUGCCGGACAGACUCCAAAACUCGAGCAGCUCAUUCAAGAGAUGAAGCGUGAAGGUUCGUUGGUACUUGCUAUCCGGGGGGAGACGAUUGGUGGUGGUCUAUGGCCAGGCAACAUCGCCUCCACUAAUAUAAGCAGGGCAUGA